AUGAAAACACUUAACCCAUCUCCAAUCUAUUUCCACCAACAGGAAUGUAGAAUAUGCACAGAUGAAGGUUCCAGGGUCACUAUACCAAAGGGAGCUGGAUUGCCCAAUGUGGAUACCCUCCUAUACAUUGUGAAGGGAAAAGACAGUCUUUGUAACGUAACAAUUGCCGCCCAAGAGCUAUGUGCUCAGGAACAUACAGAAGACAGACCCGUGGCUGCAUUCAUCUCCAUAUGUCCGAAUUUGUUCAAAUAUCCCAGAAGAUUUCAGACAGAUGUUAUGGUACACGAAGUCUGUCACGCGCUGGGGGUGUCAAUAUAUCUGUACCCGUACCUACGAAAGGAAGAUGGGACGCCGCAAACUCCACGUGAUCCGGAAACCAACCUACCGAAUUUGGGAAUGUUCGGAAAAGACCUGUACUAUUCGGGUAAUUAUACUUCCGUCACGAAAAAUGAAUCAAGACUGACAGCUAGUGGUUACGUGAAUGAGAAUAUUUACCACUUUACACUACCUGAUGUGGUGACUGGGAGAACAUUAUGUUCACAAAUAAAGGAACACAACGCUGCUGUCAAGAGGAAUGACCCCCUGUCCUUGAUAUCCAUACACGAGGAUCAAGAAGGCCACAAAUUCAACCUGGAAAACGCGAAAAUUUUGGCAUACGGAGAUACGCGACGCGGAAGAGAAUUUCUGGAAGCAUGGUACUCUACGGCAGGUUCAAUCAACCGUCAACUCAAUAAAGUUCACAACGGAACUCGGAAGGACAAAGGUCACUCCAACACCUACCAGACUACGGUGGCGAGGGAUGCCAAGUUCAAAGGUCACGGGGAGAUUAUGGCCAUGAGUGUUGGUAAACCCCUGCACAUUUCCCACUUCUUGUUGGCCUUUUUGUAUAACACAGGCUGGUAUCACGUCAGUGAUGUCCAUGCAGCCGCACCUACUUGGGGAAAGUCUGCAGGUGAAGAGUUUCUGACAAAGUCUUGCUACGAAUACGUAAAACUCAAACGAAGCAAAAAUCAACCUCCAACCCCGUUCUGUGGCUGGGAAGAAGUAAAUGCGCCAGCCUGUCUGCCAGACCGCAGCGGUUAUGGGUUGUGUGACAUAGUUAAGAUGAGACCUUCUACGCCUUUGACACACACCGUCGAUCCACCAGAAACAAACGUUCACUACCGUAGUGACCACUUCGGCGGACCACGUGUACAGUUUAAUUACUGUCCAAUUAUUGAGAUGGAUAUAUUUAUGACUGAAUGGCAUAAUAAUAUUGCACUCGAAUCCUUUGGAGGGCAGUCAGUAUGCCUUGACCACGACCGCCAAGAUCCGUGGCGAUUUCACAGUGCGGACGGGUUGAUUGACCUUGAUAAUUAUGGUGCUUCAUGUCAUCAAGACAGUGCUGGGGCAUUAAAGGAAGAAAUGCUUGAAAAGUCUUUCAUAACCACUUCUCUGCUGUUUUAUGGAUGUACGUUUUCUACUUGUAACGUGCAACUAACACAAAAAUCGUGUCACAACCCCUCCAUUUCACUGCUACAGCACAAAUGCACACUAGGUAAAGGCUUGCAGCUCGUUUUUGGAAACACUACCUACGUUUGUCCAGUUGAGGGAGGAUCAAUCAAAAUUGACGUUACGACGGAGAAAGGCAAACUACAAGGGUCAGUGCACUGUCCGAUCUGUGGGACACUGUGUAAUGAAACUGUAUGCAACCCAUCAGCACACGGAGACCGGAUGGAAGAAAGUGUAUCCGUAACCCAAGAUGUUUUGCACGACAUUGAGGAACAAGUGCCCGCUGAACAUCACCCCGAAGAAGUAAAUUCGCAAAUUCCACUAACACACUUAUUACUGGAUGUAGUCCACGUCCCACCAAUACUGAAGACGGAAGGCGACACGUUGGGAGAACAGUUAAAUAUGGACAACAUCAAAGAGAAUGCCAUGGACACUGAUGAACACAAGGGGGGAUUGGCCAAACUCUUGCGUUUUAUAGGUUUCUCGCCUCACCAACAUACACGUACCCAGCUACGGGAUUCCGAACCAUCAGCCGCAACUCAUACAGAAGGUGAAUCACGUGCAGAGGUGGUCGGUCAGCAGAACGUCCUCCGAAAUACCACCGAAACUGAACAGGAUCAG